AUGCUCUCAACUCGCAAUCAGCAGCUCAUGUGCGCCAACCUGAAAGUGGUGAGAUUGAAGGCUGGCGCUCAGGAUUGGGAUUGCGCCAGUGUAUCUCUGCACAGUGAAAUUAGCGAAGACAGUGGCAUGCACAUCUUGGCACCAGACGAUUACGUCGUCAACAUCGUAUUUGCCUCGGCCGACAGAAUACGCCAGUGCCAAACGUGUCGCAACUAUUUCGCCAACGUCUUACAUCAGCCUGCGCUAUGGUGGGAUGACUACUGGGACGAGCAAGGCGACGGUUACCAGCGAAGAAUAUCAAAUGGCUAUUUCGGUUGCCAGGACAUCGUGAAUGCCGACGAUGAUCUAGAUGGACAUGUAUCUUGGAUGCGCGCGCUUGUCAAACAGAUAAUUGAAAAGGGCAGUCACAUAGAGUAUGGAUGGCAUAAGCUGAACUUCUUCGCAUAUUGGUCUCGCUCCACCAAGCAGCUUGUGCUGGUAGUUUUCGAUGCCAGCAGAGAGUUUGCAGACAAGAUCUCACGCGCAGUAUUGAAAGAAGUUGACAUCCCCCAGCUCCAAGAUCCUUUUUGGAUCUACCCUAUACUGCUAGACCUGGUGGUCCGUCUACAAAAUCAGGCCGUAUGGGCCGUUCGAGGCUCGGUGAGGAUGUUGGAGAAACAUCGGGCCUACUCUGACCGACCACAGCCAAACUACGUGCGUAUGCACGAUAUAGCAAGACAUGCGAUCCACGUAUCUGAGACACUGGAUGUAACUUUGAAAACAGCGAGUAUGAUCCUAUUCCAGCACAAGUAUUUCGUCACCCACGAAAUGGGACCGGAGAAGGCUUUGCGGAGGACCUCAAAGCACAUAAUGGACAGACUGUCAUAUUUGGAACAUGUGCUUUUCAGCCUACGCGCACGUUCGGCUUCCAACAAGGAGAGGCUAUCCAACGAGAUCAGUCUUGCUUUCAAUACUGUCGCUCAGUACGACUCACGCGUGUCGGUAAACAUUGGCCGCGCUGCGCAAUCGGACAGUAGUGCCAUGAAGACUGUUGCCUUCCUUACACUCGCAUUUCUUCCCGGGACAUUUAUCUGUGCAGUUUUCAGCAUGUCUUUCUUUAAUUAUGACUCUAUUACGGGAGACUGGCAAGUUUCGGAUAAGUUCUGGUUGUAUUGGGCUGUGGCAAUACCCGUGACCAUCAUGACGAUGCUAUGCUGGUACAUCUGGUCAAUGAGGGGUUCGCCGAAUCGCUUUAGUGAGCAGCCUCCGGGGGGGAAGGAGAUACAGCAAACGACUAUUUGA